AGUCGAAGAUCAACAUUUGUCCAGGAGUAGUCUCUCCCAAGCCCUUUGUCCCUUUACUCAACUAACAGUGUAUUUACUGGGCCCAGUAAAUACUCGUAGUUGACAAAGUGCGUAAUUCCCUAAACAACUUUUCAAAACUUCACAAUUUCAACGUACACAACAUAAACAAACUUUGCAUGCAUACACUCAUGUAACCAAGUUUUAAGCAAUUAAAUCAAAUAAGUAGUGCUCGUUAAAGUGACUGCGUUAAAAAUUAAAGAUUUAAUCAUUUUUAUUACCGCCGGCAAAACGAAUUUUUGUGCAAUCCAUCCAAUAAUUAGAUAAAUUAGUUGGUUUCAUUUUGUGUUUAAAAUUUUAAUUUUUUUUAUAAAUCAUCGCAACAUUUAUAUAUAUUCAACAAGUAGCAUGUAGUUCACCAAAGUUCUUACAAAAGUACAAAUUUUUACCUGGAUAUUUUGUAAAUAAAUGCAAAUAUUGGUAGAUACUAGGCACAAGGUACAUAGUACUAGAUAGCAAUUAAUUCAGAAUGGUGAAGAAAAGACUGAAGGGCCACAAUGUGGACAAGUGGCCUCCGUUUUAUCCCGUAACCUGUAAAACCUUAGAUAGUUGUAAAUUUAGUACUCGAAGAUAUAGCUUUAGAACAAGUUUAAGUGUGACCACGGUUCUACUUUUCGCAUGGCUGAAUAUUUCGUUGGCCGAAGUGCUAACGCCACCAUACUUCAACUUGGCCCAGGGGAGACGAAUUUACGCCUCGGCGACGUGUGGGGAAUCUCCAGAUGGACUUCCGCAACACGAAAUGUAUUGCAAUCUGGUGGGUGCCACGACAGAUGCGGAUGAUGCUCACAAUGUCAUCGGUGGUCAGUACUGCGGAGAAUGCGAGAAGGGACUUGAGGGACAUUGGCACCCAGCAGAGUAUGCAAUCGACGGAUCCGAGCGUUGGUGGCAAUCACCACCACUCUCCCGUGGAGUCAAGUACAAUGAAGUUAACCUCACCAUUGAUCUCGGCCAGGAAUUUCAUGUUGCGUAUAUAAAUUUACAAAUGGCAAACUCUCCAAGACCCGGCGUCUGGAUUCUGGAAAGAUCAUCCGACAACGGAGUUACGUAUCAUCCCUGGCAAUUUUUUGCAGAGAAUCCCAUUGAAUGUGCCCGAUUCUUUGGAAGAGAUAGCAUUCUCCCACUCACGGCAGAUGACGGUGUAAUUUGUGACACGUCAAAUUCUAAAGUUGUGCCAUUGGAGAAUGGAGAGAUCUUCAUUAAGCUUCUUGAAAAUCGACCAUCAGCCAAAAACUUUUUUUCUUCUGAAGCGUUGCAGCAAUGGACACGUGCCACUCAUGUCCGAUUACGAUUUCUCAGGACAAAGACACUUUUGGGACAUCUGAUGUCUUUGAGUAGGCAGGACUCCUCCGUGACAAGACGGUACUUUUACUCCAUCAAAGGAAUCGAAAUCGGUGGUCGUUGUCGUUGCAAUGGUCAUGCUGACAUUUGCCCCCCGGCCAAUGACGGGGACCCGUACAAACUACUCUGCUCGUGUCAGCAUAAUACGUGCGGCUCGCAAUGUGAAAUCUGUUGUCCGGGCUUCGUCCAAAAGGCGUGGCGUGUCUCUACAAAUUCGUCUCCUUUUGUCUGCGAAGCUUGCAACUGCUUCGGGCACAGCAAUGAGUGUGAAUACGACGAAAAUGUGGACAAUCAGAAGCUGUCGUUGGAUAUUGCUGGGAACUUUGAUGGAGGUGGCGUCUGUAAGAAUUGUCGGCAUCACACGGAAGGCAUUAAUUGCAACAAGUGCCAAAGUGGAUUCUUCAGACCUUACGGGAAACAGCCGGAUGCAAUUGAUGCUUGUCAAUCGUGUAACUGCAACUACCACUAUUCCACUGGCAACUGUGAAGAUGGUUCUGGUCGUUGCGAAUGUUCUCCAGCAUUUUUAGCACCAAAUUGCGACGCUUGUAGCGUAGGCUAUUAUGACUACCCAGAGUGCAAAGUUUGCGACUGUCACCACAACGGGACGCGCGACAGCGUUUGUGAAGUGGGAGGGGGUCAGUGUCCCUGCCUACCGAACUACACAGACAAGAACUGUGACAGGUGUGGAGAUGGGUACUAUAAUUUCCCAGACUGCUUACCUUGCCAAUGUGAAGACUUUGGAUCUCUGUCACCAGUGUGUGACCCGGAAAAUGGUCAGUGCGAAUGUGUCAACAAUUUCGGUGGCAGAAACUGCGACCAGUGUGAGGAUGGCUAUUAUAACUUUCCAACUUGCACAUACUGCAAGUGCGACGUGCAAGGAACUCGUGAGGGCAGGUGUGACAAGAUUUCUGGCGAAUGCUUGUGUCGUGAAGGGUACGGAGGGGCUCGAUGCGACCAGUGCCUUCAAGGUUUUUACGGCUACCCGGAAUGCAAAACUUGUAAUUGCAGCUCAGUUGGAAGUGCAAGCACGGUUUGCGACACAACCGGAAAAUGUCCAUGUCUCCCUAAUUUUUCCGGCCGUACUUGUGAUCAGUGCACUCCUGGUUAUUAUCAGUAUCCAGAAUGUUUACCGUGUAGUUGUAAUGAUGAGGGGGCGCGUGGCGUGUCGUGUGAUGAUGAAGGAAAAUGUCAGUGUAAAAGCAAUUUUGAUGGACUGCGUUGUGAAGAGUGUCGAGGUGGAUUUUAUAACUGGCCUGCUUGCGAAGAAUGCAACUGCGAUCCUGCUGGAGUCACCGAAUCUUUUCGAGGUUGUGGGGAUUCGCCCCCGGGAGAACUCUGUCAGUGCAAGGAAAAGGUGGAAGGUAGAAUCUGUAACCAAUGCAAACCGUUAUAUUGGAAUCUUCAGCAAUGGAACCCUGUGGGAUGUGAAGAUUGUGACUGCCAUGGUCCUGGAAUUUUGGGUGGAGUGAGAGUCUGUGAGGGCAAAGAUGGGCAAUGUCCUUGCAAAAAUAAUGUAGGAAGCAGAAGAUGUGAGCAUUGUCUUGAUGGAUUCUACAACAUGACCUCCAGAGAUAUUUUCGGAUGCCAAGAUUGUGGAUGUGAUGUUGGUGGGAGUGUGAACAGCUUUUGUGACAAAAGCACCGGGCAAUGUCCAUGUCGGCCGAGAAUCACUGGACAACAGUGUACAGCGCCCUUGGUAGCCCACUUCUAUCCAACCCUCUACCAGUACCAAUAUGAAGCAGAGGAUGGGACGACGCCGAGCGGGGGUCAGGUCAGAUUUGGGUACGAUGAAAACCUAUUUCCCGACUUUUCAUGGAGAGGAUAUGCCGUUUACUCACAACUGCAGCCGGAAACAAACCAUGAAAUCUUCAUUGACAAGUCAUCUCUGUACUUUGUCAUUAUUCGGUAUCACAAUCCCAGCUCAGAAACAAUUGUGGGAGAGAUCAAAGCCGUGCCUGACAACCCUUCUGAUGAAAUGCAAGGAUACAAAGUGAGAUUUGAGCCAAAAUCUGGCUUUAUCACAGUAUCCAUCGGAAAUAGUCCUACGCCCUUCGUUCUAAAUCCUGGUCGAUGGCAGUUUUCAAUCAAGAGUGACCAGUACUUGCUAGUGGAUUACUUCACCAUUUUGCCUGAGCCGUACUACGAGGGCAGCGUUCUGUCACAUUCUUCAAAUGUUCCUUGCACUCUCAACACCACGGCUCGUAGUCGAACAAAUACCAACACCAUCAUCAUUCCAGACUCUUGUGCCAAAUAUAAGUUCCCGUCCAUCGACAAAUUCGAGUCGGUAACGGCGGCACAAGGAUAUUCUCUCACGGAAACAGGCGACAGAGCCGACCUGACCAAGUUCUAUUCCGACAAGAGGGUUAUUGACGCCUUGGACAUUACUGAGGAGCGGAUGGCACUGUUAUCGAGUCAGCAGCCUCAAAUUCACAUGGACUUACCACUCAGCAAUGGGGGGCGCUAUGCAUUGUUGCUAGAAUAUUUCACACCCAUUGGAGCAAAUCUUACCGAAGUUCAAGUUCAGACAACGUCAAACAAAGGCUCCAGCACUGGCAUAGCUCUCAUCCACAAUUGCAAAUAUGGAUUUCUUUGUCGCCAAGUUGUGACAACUGAAGAUGGAGAGAUUGCAGUUUUUAGAAGUGACAAGAGUUCCAUGAAGAUUGCUCUCAAGUUAGGAAACGGAGAGGAUGGAAAAUCUGUUGACAGAAUUGCUAUUAACAAAGUGACUGCGAUUCCACUUGGAAGAUGGUCGUUGGAUCACAUAACACCGAGAGAGUAUUGCGUAGUGAAAAAUGGGACUUGUGUCGUCUCUGGGUAUGAAUUACCUCCAGGAGGCAUCAGGAUUGAAGCCGAGUCCGCAGACAAGGACCGUGUCGUUGGGGAGGAUAAUUUGCCUGACGGUGUCUCGGGAAAGAAUCUGGUGUUGUUGGAUUCCCAAAAUCGUACCGUACAAAUGGGAGGAAGGGUCCCCAUUUCGGGAUAUUACAACAUUAUAGUUCACUAUUAUCAGCCAGAAAAUCCAAAGUUUGAUGCUGGAGUAAUAAUUCAGGAUGGCCAGCAUUAUCAAGCCAAAGUGCCAAUGGUGCAUUGCCCAUCCAUUGCUGGGUGUAGAGCAGAAGUUGCUCAGGAUGAUAAAAACACCAAAUUUUACAUCCAGGACAACUUUUUGGUGACUUUAAAAUCUCCAAAGAAUGUCUGGAUUGAUUACAUCCUUCUAGUUCCUGAAGAGUCUCAGUCACAACGGGAAAAUGGGAAUCAACUCAAGAAAUAUUUGUCACAAAGUCCUCUGGACGAUACAAGGAAGUUUAUCGCCGAGUGUGGAAAGAGUCAUUUUCAUCUCGCACCACACAACGUGUCACAAUUUUGCAAAGACGCUGUGUUCUCCAUUACUGCGGACUACAACAAUGGUGCACUUCCAUGUCAAUGUGAUUACUAUGGCUCAACAGCUUUCGCGUGUUUGGAAUUUGGUGGCCAAUGUCCCUGUAAAGAUAAUGUGAUUGGACGACAAUGUUCAAGGUGUCGCACUGGAUAUUUUGGGUUCCCUGAAUGCAAGCCAUGCGAUUGUCCAUCUACUGCUUUGUGUGAUGAAAAUUCGGGGGCUUGUAUUUGUCCACCUCGAGUAACUGGCGAGAAAUGUGACACUUGUUCUCCACUCACGUACGGCUUUGACGCACUCAUUGGUUGCGAGGAAUGCAAUUGUUCCCCUCUCGGAGUGGAAAACGGAAACCAACAAUGCGAUCUUGAUAACGGGAGUUGCUCGUGUAAACCAAACGUUGUGGGGCGACAAUGUGACAAAUGUAAACCUGGAUUUUGGGCCUUCCCAUAUUGCCAAAUGUGUGAUUGUGACAUUCGUGGAACUACAGAGGAUAUUUGUAGCCAGGAUACGUCAGCUUGCAAUUGUAAAGUGAAUGUAGAAGGUCGAAGUUGCGAACAGUGCAAGCCUGGAAGUUUUAAUCUGCAAGAGGACAAUCCUUCAGGAUGCACGAGUUGCUUCUGUUUUGGAAAGACGACACGUUGCACAACUUCCUACAUGUUUUGGACUCAGAUAUCAUUUGGAAAAUCUCACUGGACGGCAGUGGCUCUGAAUCCACACUCGAAGGACUCUAGCAAUCUAGAAACAGACUAUCCCACAGAAUUUGAACACAAUGACCUUUCUGGCGAAGAUGAAAACUCUUUCGCUCCUGUGUACGUACCCGACGAUUCCGUACCAGAGCAGGAUGAGAACCAUCUCAUCUAUUUCCGUACAGAAGUGGACGCUAACCAUUUGGCCAGUUUGGGGGGAACGCUGAGCUACACCCUAAUUUCGGAGCCGGAUAAUGCCCAUCCUCGCGAGACGUUUGCUGGCCCUGAAGUAAUCUUGGAAGGGAACGAGUUGGCUCCUUCAUCAGGAACUAUACGGCUCAUGCACUUUUCAAUCGCACAUCUCGAUGGUGAUCACACGAUGCGGAUGAAUUUACGUUUAAGCGAGGACAGUUUUGUGGUGGCCAGCCAUUCCAGCAGUGGAGGCCUCAUCCCCGCCACGAGAGAUCAGCUCAUGGUCGUGAUGAAAGGCUUAAAAGCAAUUUACAUCCGAGGUGGAUACUGGGAACAUUCGAAAGAAUUGCGAUUAAGUAAUUUUGGCAUUGAUGUGGCCACUGAGGACUACAACAAUCAGUACGCCCAACCAGAAGAUCGUGCCGUGACGGUGGAGCAGUGUCAUUGUCCUCCAAACUAUCAGGGCCUCUCAUGUGAAGAAUGUGCUCCUGGGUAUUACCGUUCCCCUUCCGGACCAUUUGGUGGAUUUUGUGUCCCAUGCCAGUGUAACGGACAUUCAGACCUGUGUGACCCUGUUUCUGGAGUCUGCCUGGAUUGCAAACACAACACGACGGGAGAUCACUGCGACAUGUGCGAGGAAGGGUUUCAUGGGGACGCACAUGGUGGAACGCCAUAUGACUGUCUGAUCUGCGCUUGUCCCAUUCCAAUCGCCUCCAACAACUUUGCUACCCAGUGCGAACUAUCUCAAGAUGGAAGAGCCAUAAGUUGUACGUGCAAGGACGGCUAUAUCGGGCCUCGUUGUGAAGGAUGCGGUCCUGGAUUUUUUGGAAGGCCGGAGGUUCCAGGCGAUUUAUGUAAACCAUGCAACUGUUCGGGCAAUAUUGACCCCACCGAUCCAUAUUCAUGUGACACCGUGACUGGAGCUUGUCUGCGCUGCAUGAACAACACGGGAGGCCCUGCGUGUGCCCUUUGUGCUUCUGGCUUUUAUGGGGACGCCUUACUCAACAAAAACUGUCGACAAUGCGCUUGCAACAAAUGCGGAACUGCAGAGUGCGAUAACCAGCGCGGUGAAUGUCAAUGUUUGCACAAUUUGGAGGGUUUUCUAUGUGACCGAUGUAAACCAGAUCAUUACGGAUUGUCGAGGUGUGACGGACUCGGUUGUCAAUACUGUGACUGUGCUAUAGCUUCAAAAUCCACACAAUGUGACGAUCUCACUGGCCAGUGCGAGUGCCGAGAUGGAACUACGGGUCAAAGAUGUGAGCGUUGUUCCCCCGGCUACUGGAAUUACACUCAGGACGGAUGUCAAGCUUGUGAGUGUAACUCUGAGUACGCGAUUGGAGUUGGAUGUGACCCAGAGACAGGUCAAUGUUCGUGCCUGCCUGGCGUCGUCGGAGAAAAGUGCGACCGUUGUCCAUGGCGCUGGGUUCUUAUCGAAGAUCGUGGAUGUCAAAACUGCGACUCUUGUCAACACCAACUUCUUGACGUUACGGAUCAUCUCGCAGCCGAAUUGGACCCUGUGAAGGAUGAAUUCGAAAAUGUGGCAGUUUCUUACUUCACUACUCAAAAAUUGGCAUAUUUCAAUGACACGGUGACUAAGUUGAAACCAAAUGUUCAACUCAUGGAUCCAUCAAAGGCAGACUUGAGCGAAUAUUACCGGGCAGUGGAUGACCUAGAAACUGAUGCUGCAACGCAAAGACAAAAAGCCGAAGUAAAUGAAGACAGUCUGGUAAAGAAAGCCAAACAGAGCGCAAAAUUGAGGGAAAAGUCAUUUGAGGUGGAGUCCAAUGUAUUACAAGCGGUUGGAAAGGCAAGAGUUACCGUGUUUGAGGCGAAGGAUUUGAUGGAAGGACUCCUCAAAGAAGACAAACCAUCAUCCAGUCCUCAAACAGACGCUGCAAAGGCAGAAGCAGAAGCAAUUAUUGCCUCCAUGCAAUCUGUAAAAUUCGACCAUAAACCUGCUAUCGAAGAAAAUGCAACAGUGACAACAGUGCUCAAAGACAUGAAAAAGUUUGUUCGCCCACUGGACAAAUUAAAUAAGGAUUUGGGCGCUGUUUCAAAGAACAUUGCUGAAGCCAAGGACAAAUUACGAGACCUGCGGAACCAAAGUGACUAUUCCAUCUCUACUUCCAGAAAAGCAAAUGAAAUUGGCAAUAAAAUCAAAGAUGCGAAGUUUUCAGUGAAACUGGGGCUUCUGGAAGAGAAAGCGUCAAAUAUGUUGGAAUCUGCAGCGAUUGCAACUGAACUCAACCUGGAAACUCCAAAAAUUCGCCAAGCACUUGAAACAAGCUAUGAUGAAUUAGAUACCACGGUUGGUAAUGUGAUUGGAAAUCGUGGCCAAUUGGACGAGACUGUGAACGCCUUGGUUGCGGAGCUGGAACAAAAUGAGAACACGGUGACAAAAUCCCAAAGCCAUGCAGCCCAAUUAGCAUACGAAGCCGAUGAAUUAGACGCAAUGUUAGCUGGGACAAAAGCUCAUGCCGAUGUUGCAGUGGGUGCGGCGACUGCCUAUAAGACCAUUGCGGACUCCUUAAACGAGGCAUUGAAGGGAGCUGACAUGUCGAAGGGGGCGGCAGAAAAUGCGACCGACGUUAUCAACAGCUUGGAUAGUGCUGAGGAAUUUACGGCGGAACCUUCCCGAAAUCUGUUGGUCAUGGCUGCGACGUCUCAACGACAGGUGGAGAACGACCUAAAAAUUCCAUUACGGGAUGCACAGAGCACAUUGGCAAAUGUUGAAGGUGCCAAUAACAUCACGGCCUACACAAUCUCCAACUUUGCAAAAGAAUUGGACAAACUUUCACUGCCAAGAGAUACCUCAGAUAUUACACGCUCGGUUCGGACUUCCGACGAAGCUCUGAAUAAGGCACAGGAUGUUGAAGAUGAAGUUCACGCAAUUGUGGAAGCGUUGCCCGACCAUUCAAAUAGCAUGAAAAGACUUCGAGUAACAGUGAACGAAUUGAAUUCAGGAACGGGGAUUUCAGACUCACAACUGAACCAGGCCAAAGACUCAAUUCCUCUCUCGAACGCCAUCAGAGGGAAUCUAGAAAACUUGAAACCAGGUUUUGAAGACAAAAAGAGUGACGUGGGUGCCAAGAUUUCAGAUCUGAAGGCUCAAAUUGCUGCUGCAAGGGAGCAAGCUAACCGUGUCCCCGUAGGAAUGAAUUUACAAGAUUCGUCUACCCUCCUGCUCGCCAAUCCUCAGUCCCUCGAGUCUCAACAAGCGCAGACAAAAGUGUCAUUCUACUUUAAAACGCAGGACGAUGGCCUAAUUUUCUACAUUGGAAAUGAACCUGGAAAGAAGGAGGAAGAUUUCAUGUCUGUCGAGGUUGACCGUGGUUAUGCUGUGCUAACCCUGGACUUGGGAUCUGGGCCUCAGAGGAUAACAAACGAGAAGUAUGUUGCGGACAACCAAUGGUACAAGGCCACAGUGGACCGAUCCGGAAAAACAGUGCGGUUCACAAUCGCUCAAGAUCAUAACGGGCGAUUAGAAGAAACUGUCAAGGAAGAUUAUCUUACAGGCUCAAAAUCACUAUUCAAUGUAGAUAGCAACUCUUCCAAGCUUUUCAUUGGUGGGUUGCCUCCAGGCGUGGUGCGCAGCCCGGUUCGGUACUCCACAUAUCGUGGUGCCAUAGAAGAAUUAAUGAUUGGAGAUGAAAAAGUCGGAUUAUGGAACUUCAAAAAUGCCCAAAACGUCGCUCCCGCAAUGGAACGAGAUAGAUUCAUCGACCUUCACACUGAAACCGGACUUCGAUUCCAGGGCAAUGGAUAUGCUAUUCUAGAUAGGAAACAAUUCCCCUUGAGAGAACGAUCAGCAAUUACGUUCAGAUUCAAAACACGCUCUAAAAAUGGUCUAAUAUUCCUCGUUGGGAAAGGAAGGAAGUAUAUGGCCAUCUACAUGGCCAACGGAAAUGUGGUAUUCCAAUAUGAUCUUGGUGGAGGUGCGGCCUCCUCACGAACUGGUCAAGUUUACAACGAUGGCCAAUGGCACACCGUGGAAAGCGUGAGGUACCGACAGAGAAGUCAUUUGACCGUUGAUGGAGAGAGAAUCGGAGGGGAAAGCCCGGGUCUUCAGACUACUUUGGGGGUGGGCGACUACAUGUAUUGGGGCGGGUAUCCUGGCGAACAUGGUUAUCCAGACGUCAGUAAUAGAGCCUUUGAGGGCUGUCUGGAACAAGUUGCGAUUGAUCAAGCACCAGUGGACUUGACACAAGCUGUGGAGUCAAGAUAUACUGUUGUAGGCUGUCCAUCGUCACAAUUUGCUCCGACAGUGGCCACUUUCUUCGGUCAGGGAUAUGUUCAAGUUUCUUCAGCGGAUUCGCCCGUAUCUGGUCCCGUUGUAGUUACGAAGGAUGAUGCAUUUGAAGUCAACUUCCGUAUGCGGUCCAAUGAUACCAACGGUCUCGUAUUUUACGGAACAGACGCUGACCAGUCCAACUACCUCUCAGUGUCCUUGAGUGAUGGUUCCCUGGUUGUGAAGACUGAUCCGGGUGGCUCAGAAAUUACGACCGAUGCAUUGAACGAUGCUGAAUGGCAUGUCGUCACUGUAACGAGAGACAAUGGCAAACUCGUUGUUAAUGUGGAUGACGAUCAUGAAUAUGUUGAGAGUGCACCAGGCGGUCCCAUCCAACUCGGUACGCCUGGUUCUAUUUUGCUCUUUGGAGGUCGACCGGACGAUUACGAUAUUCGUUCAGGAGCUGCAGAGUCGGAUCGUCCUUAUUCUGGUUGCUUGGCGGACAUUAGCAUAAACGGAAAGCGGCUGGAUUUCACCGAGUCCGAUGUCAAGGAAGCUUCGAUUGGUCAGAAAUGCUUCACUGAGCAGGAGAAAGCAGCCAUGGCUUUGGAAAUGAGUGCACCAGAAGCUGCCGGACGAACUAUUUCUAGCCAGGAUGAAGAUGAGGAGGAUGACGACAGCAUUUUUGGUUCACGUCCUUCCGCCACCCCCUCACCAACCAGAGUGCCGGAACAUCAUCAUCACCACCCAGCUCCGGAAGAACCAAACUACGAUGCUGUAGACAAGCUAACCGGAGGGGAAGUAGGAAAGGGUGACGACGAUUUUGAUUUCCCAGAGUCAGAGGAAGAGGACGAGAAACCAAAAAAGAAAUUGGACGAUGAAGUGAAACCUACGCCAUGGAUGAAAUGCGCUUUACCAUUUAGAGAAGUCCCGAAGGCUGAUAUGACUGAGGAUGUCGACAUGGACGAUGGGGUCAUGUUUGGAAGCAUGGAUAAAACCUCGCGACUCGAGUACUUUCAACCAAAAGAGGAUGGUUCGAGAUCGGAAUAUCAAAUCCAGUUUAAGACGAGCUAUGGGAGUGGGCUCAUCUUCAUGUGGACCGUUGUUGAGAAGCCGGAUUACAUUGCACUCUUUUUGAGAAAGGGAUUCCUCCACUUUGCUUUUGAUUCUGGAGCAGGUCCCGCAUUCCUCAAUUCCACAGUGAUGUACAACGACACCCAGUGGCACAACGUUAGCGUCUCCAGAUUCGAGAAGCAGGGAACCCUUGAGGUGGAUGGAGCCGUCAUUGCAACAGGAAUGUCAGCCGGAAGCACCACGGCAGUUAACGGUGGAACUACGAUUUUUGUCGGGGGUCUUCCUCAAGACGCGUGGACCAGGAUCCUCACCUCGAGAAAACUGUUGAAUGUUAACACUCCUUUCCGCGGAUGUCUUCGAAAGUUCAAAGUAAGAAGUAAAGCUCCACCUGCCCCCAGAGUAGCUCAUUCAGUGCACGCAUGUCGGGAUCAGGUAGAGCAGGGCAUGUUUUUCUACCCGAAUGCUGGAUACUUAAAACUGGCGGAUGAAUUCAAGGUGGGUCGUCACAUAAAGUUGUCGAUGAACAUCAAACCUCGUCAUCCGUCUGGAAUAUUGGUGGCGGUUCAUGGCGAAAAAGACUUUAUGGUUCUCCAGCUGGUCAACGGAACGGUCAAGUUUAGCGUCGACAGUGGGAAGGGCGUGCAGUCAUCCUCCUUCCAGAAAGAAACGUAUGACCUUUGCGAUGGAAAUUGGCACACGAUCCGAGUAACAAAAUCCAAGAACGUUGUCACGCUGGCCUUGGACAAAUUCCACUCCAACCCAGGGAUUGGACCUGCUGGAAGACUGAUCACAGACACAAAUGGUCCACUCUAUGUUGGUGGACAUCCAGACCCCACAAGUUUCAAAGGGAUAGAGACCACUGACCAGUUUGUGGGUUGUAUGAAAGAUUUCAUGAUUGAAGGAAGACAAUACAAGCUUGAUUAUGAAUCGAUUGUGGGAACAGUUGGACUCCACGGCUGUCCUUCCGAUUAAUCUUCAACUGCAUCGAUCGCAAUAUUCUAGUUGAUUUAUUUGUUACUCUUCGCUAUUUUUUACUGGAUGAAACCUUAAACUCCGUUGAUUUUUUUAUAAUUUAUGAUUUAUAAUUUAGUGUAAUUUAUUAUUUAUGAUAUUUAUCCCUUUGUUUGGUUACCAGUUAGUGAUGUUUCCCAAAGCUGCAAGAAAUAAGCUACUAAACUGCCGUUAUGAUGUAACAUACAUAUAAAUAAAGUAUAUGCUACAUACAUAUAGUAUAGAUACGUAGUAAAUAAAUCUUGUAAAUCUCGUAAAAUUCAACGUUUUUAAAUGUUUAAGCGGUUGGGAAUAAAUACAUUACCAUAAUAUACGUACAAAUGA